AUGUCGCCGAAAGAGUCCAAGAAGGAGAAAGCGCGUGAAGUCAUCGACAUUCUGGAAGAGAUUUCGGUCAUCCUGAACACUCAGCUCGACCGCACGCAACUUUCCCUGUGUGUCUCGCUCAUGGAGAACGGUGUCAAUCCAGAGGCGCUAGCCAACGCAAUCAAUCAACUGCGAGACGAGAGCGCGAGGCUGCAAGGCUCCGGCGGCGGUCAACAGGCUGCUGAGAGUGGUGUCUCGGACUAG